UAACACUAAUGCUGCAACCGCGCAAUUGUGAUCAUGUGUGUUCGGCUUGUUAAUUUUGUUUAACUCUUGCUUAAUAUUGUUAUAGUUUUGAUAAUUAAAAAAAAAAAAGAAGCAAUGCAAUCAAAUGCAAUAGUUAGUUGUUUAUUAUUGUUAUUCCACAAUGUGUGUUGUUACCAGGACAACUGGGUUGAACCACAUGCAUGGUCGGAACUGACAUCAGCCCAAUAUAAUAAUCCAGGAGAAGAAUCCUGCCAAUGUCAGGUCCCGGUGCCAGCAGAGAAAUCACUGGCAACCAUAGAGGACCAAUUAGCAUUAACAUAUUUCAAAAAGUUUGUUAAUACUUUAUUCAGUCGCAAGCGACUGAAGUAUGGCAAAACGUCGCAUCUUUUUAAGCGAUCGCUGAUAUUUACAUUAAAUCCGUCACAAGUCGACGAGCUUGAAACUGUCCAAGAUGUGCGUGAUCUGGAUAUCAUGCUCACCAAAAUACUGGAUGAGGCAAGAGAUGUGCCCUUGUCGUCCGAUCAGUCCGACGACGACUAUACCUACAGGCACCAAGGAAUGGGAGUGCGUGCGCUUGUUAUGGACAUAUUCAAGGAUCUUAUACAGUUACUCAACAUAUCCGAGGUAAGAUUCAUGCUAACAGUGCUGCUCACCAUUACUACCGGGUGGAUUGUGCACAGACGAUUUCGAUUUUCGGCUAUAGCCAUUAUUCUUGGCGGUAUUUUCCUGUAUGGCUACUUUGUAACCUAUUUGGAGUGCAAUAGGAAACUAGAAGUUGAGGCUUUGAUUGACGUAAUUGACAGUCAUCAGAAGCCUAUGGAUGAUGCUGAAAAAACAUGGUUUUCACGUAUGUUUGGAUAUUUUUUCAACGAGUCUCCAGAGGCGCAACAAAAGCAGAAACUUUUAAAAUCAAGCAAAUUAAAUAUGCCCUACUGUCGACCUGAUCACGUUUUCGUUAUGUAUACGAGUGACAUAUUCCUCAAACAAAUUGAACUGAUACUAGAAAAAACAACUCACACCAUGACGAGUUUAACCACUGGAUUAUCAUUUCCAUACAACUUGAUUGCUCCAUUUGCACUGGUCUGCAUGAUUGGGUACUUACUGAAGUUAAUCUUCAAGUACGUUAUAAGCCCCAAGGCUUGGAUGGGACUGGUGCAUGGCAGGUCGUCUGCAUCUACUACAAAACAAGCGUUGGCAAAUGAAACAACAGAAGAUCGAUUGUCGGGUGAAAAUCUUAAGAUGUUGUUAAAUGUCAUAGGCACUUCAGGCAUAACACAAUCCCAACAACAACUACAACUAUCCCCGUCGGGUGUCCAAGAGCUGCUGGAACCACUGGAAGCACCCCCACAAACGCCACAAGAAGCACAAACUAAAAGCAAACAAAAUUUAAAGCCAAUUUCAAACGAAAAUCCCAAUAUCAGUAAUUCGUCAGCUGACAUCGCGCAUGAAGCUGGUUUUACGAUUGUUGAUGAUAACCAAGAUGAUGAUCAUAUUGAUAGUUUUUAAUGUUUGGCUAUAUAUAUUUAAAGCUGUAUUAUGUGUAAUGUUCGUGAUGAUUUAUAUUUUUUUUUUUACCAAUUAUGUGGCAUAAGUUCUUACAGUCAAAGAUAAUUUUGUUACCAGCUGAUAUUUUUCGUAGUUAAAUUAUUCUUUAUUUAAAUUAUUUUUGCGUGUAAUUAUUUAAUUUUUGCACGAUAAUUAUUAUAAGUUAAAUCUCCAACAAUAAGAUUUUUUAAGUGUCAUUAAUAGGCCUCCCAAAACUGUCUAUUACAUGUAUAUAUAUUUUGCUUUCGGCCACUCCAAAACUGUAUAUAUAUAUAUAUUAUCAGUAUAUAUUGCCUGUAUAUAUACAUAUACCAAUUAUGCCAAUUGCUGAAUUUUUUGUUCAUAUUUACAACAUCUUAUUAGCAUUGAGUGUGUCUGUCUGUGUUAGCUGCAUAUUUAAAAUGUAAGCAGUAAUAAAAUAUUCAUCAUGAAUAAACUAGCUCAAUAUACAACUAA